UGUUUUUAGCCAUGCUCGGGGAUCAGCCUUUUUUUGGGGGGGGUAUGCCAACGUUUUGGAGGGUCCUACUGUGGGUUUGCGUCUGCAUUGUGCUUCCAGGAGAGGGUCGAGGAGCUCUGGUUGUUUCUCCCAGAGAUGCUCAUAUUAAGGACGCAAAUAAAGAUGUGAGCACCAAGUCCAUAAAGAAAAGAGCCGCCAACAUGGAGAAUAUGGUGGAGGUGCAGAGUUUUGGAGUUGCCUGUGCGGUGACGUCGCGUUUCGCUCACACCGUCAUGACCUCCAAGGCUCUGAACAAAGCCAACGUCUCGCAGGAGAUCUUCUUUGAAGUGGAGCUCCCAAAGACGGCCUUCAUCACCAACUUCACCAUAGAAACUGACGGUCACGUGUAUGUUGGCGAGGUGAAGGAGAAAGCCAAAGCCAAGAAAGAGUAUGAGAAGGCGGUUUCUUCAGGAAAGACCGCUGGACUGGUCAAGGCAUCUGGAAGACAGAUGGAGAAGUUCUCCGUGUCAGUCAACGUUGCGGCACAAAGCAAUGUCACGUUUGUGUUGACCUACGAAGAACUCCUCCAGAGGAAACUGGGCCGGUAUGAGAUCCUGACCCGGGUGAAACCCAAACAGGUGGUCCAGGAGUUUCAGAUAACUGUAAGCAUCUUUGAGCCUCAGGGUAUUGCCUCGGUGGAGACCACAGGAACAUUCCUCACCAACCAGCUGCUCCCCCUGGUGGAGAGAACCGUCACAGACACCAAGGCUCACAUUACUUUCUCACCAACACUGGAACAACAGAGGAAAUGUCCAGGAUGUCAGGGCACCAGAAUUGAGGGAGACUUUGUCGUCAAGUACGACAUUAAACGAGAAGAAACCCUUGGAGAAAUUCAGAUGGUAAACGGCUACUUUGUGCACUUCUUUGCUCCACCUGACUUACCCCGAGUGCCAAAGAAUGUGAUAUUCGUGGUUGACAGGAGCGGCUCCAUGAGCGGAAAAAAGAUAAAACAAACCCGGGAAGCCUUGGCAGCCAUUCUAAAGGACCUCGGCGAGGACGACCACUUUGCUGUCAUCCAGUUCGAUAGUGACAUUAUCACCUGGAGGGAGUCUGUCGUGAAAGCAACGAAAGAAAACGUAACAGAGGCCAUUGCCUACGUGGAGAAACUGAAGGACAGGGGAGCGACUAAUAUCAAUGACGCUCUAUUGAAAGCAGUGGCAAUGCUGAGGAAGGAAAGACAAUCCGAGAGGCUUCCUGAGAGGAGUGCGGACAUGAUUAUCCUCUUGACUGAUGGGAUGCCAAACCACGGCGUGUCCAACCUGCAAACCAUCCAGGAGAACGUGCGCUCGGCUAUUGACGGAAAAAUGUCUCUGUUCUGUCUGGGGUUUGGAAAUGAUGUGGACUACUCCUUUCUGGAUGUGAUGAGCAAAGAAAACAAGGGGUUGGCCCGCAGAAUCUUUGAGGCCUCGGAUGCAGCUCUUCAACUCCAAGGUUUCUACGAGGAAGUGUCCAGCCCACUGCUUCUAGAGGUGAACAUGCGCUAUCCUGACAACACGGUAGAGUUCUUGACCAAAAACCACCACAGCCAUUUGUUCAACGGCUCGGAGAUCGUGGUGGCCGGUCGGUUAGAGGACAGCCGCCGUCUUGAUAACUUCCUUGUGGAGGUGUUUGCUCAGGGGCCCGAGGCAGAUUUCCAGGUGCAUGGAAAGGCCAAAGUGGCAGACUGGAACGCGACCUAUCCAGAAGACAAGUACAUCUUUGGGGACUUCACAGAGCGUCUGUGGGCUUACCUCACAAUCCAGCAGCUACUGGAGAAAAGUCACAUUGGUAGUCAAGAGGAGAAGGACAGAAUCACAGCUGAGGCCCUGAACAUGUCGCUGCGCUACAACUUUGUUACCCCUCUCACCUCCUUGGUGGUCAUCAAGCCUGAAACUGAGGACGGACAAGACAGCCCGCUCAUCGCUGAUAAACUGACUGAAGAUCAGCGACAAAGAGCAGAGAGACAUCGUGGUUCCUCAGCCCAUGCGGCACCUCCACGCCGUCAAUUAGAUGUCGAUGGAGAUCCACAUUUCAUGGUAGAGCUCCCGGACCGAGACGACGCUCUGUGCUUUAACAUCAAUGACAAACCAGGGACUAUUUUCAACCUUGUCAGAGACCCCAAAUCAGGCUUUGUGGUGAAUGGUGAAAUUAUUGAGAAGAAGAAAUUUGUCAAGGAUCAAAAGAUGAGCACUUAUUUUGGUCGUCUUGGUAUCAGCCACAAGACUCUGGGGCUGAAACUGGAGGUGAACACACAGGACAUCUCCUUGUUCUACGGGGGCAAACAGGUCCAGCUCCUGUGGUCGGAUUUGACCUCUCUCAAAGACACAAGUAUGAACCUCCAGUUGACAAAGAACUGCAGCCUGACAGUCACACUGAGACAUUCCGUUAAAUUCACGGUCAUCCGACACACAAAGGUGUGGAAGAGACGUCACGAUCAACAGCACUAUUUGGGUUUUUACACCCUGGAGAACCGCCAUUUGUCCGACUCAGUCCAUGGACUGCUAGGUCAGUUCUACCACGGUGUUGAGUUUGAAGUGACAGACCCGCAACUGAAACGAGAUGCCACCAUGUAUGUGAAGGGACAGACGCUUAAUGUGACCAGACACCAGCAGAAGGACUUCAGCAGGGAUGUGAUAAACGGGGAAAGUAUUCCUUGCUGGUUUGUAGACAAUGAUGGAGCUGGCCUCAUCGAUGGGAAAGCCUCUGAUUACAUUAUGCCGGACCUUUUUUAAAAUCAUACGCAUCUUUUUUCCGUCAAUAAAUGCGUGUAAUUUUG